AUGCUCACUUUAUCUCACCUUCCCAAUAAAAGCAGACGGGGUUUUCAGGUUUUCAGAAUCUUAGUCAUCCUCUUCGCCGUGGGAUAUUAUUGCAAGGAAACUAUCUGGGGACUCGAACACCAUUAUUCCACCACAGGCCCCCAAGAUGGGUCCUCCUUUCACAAAAGGCUAGAUCAAAUCUACUUGGCUCCAGAGGACUCACAUAGACCUAUGAAUUUGAAAACUGGUCUUUCAAUCGCCAUUGAGCCCGAGAACGCCUCUUGUGAAAGUUUCAGGAGAAGUUUCGACAAUCUCUUAUCACUUUUACCAGACAACUCUCACAUCGAAGAUAUCACUGGUACGAUUAAAGGAACAGGCGAGGAGAAGCUCCGCGAGGUGGGGUUUCGGGCUCGUGCAUUCAAGGCUCUCUUGGAAGCAUGGGAAGCAGUUCAUUUCGUCCAAACGGGGGAGCAAAUGCUUGUUCGCAACGAUAUUCUACAGCUAUUGAGAGAUAAUCCUGGAAUAGCCGAGGAUCUUAAGUUGGAUCAAAUUGACAUGAUCCACGCAUUCGAGCAAGUACAAUACUUCCUCACACAAUUAUCGAGAUGUCUAUUUUCUUGGACAACACCCUAUUUUCCCGACCAUAUGACUCUACACGCCCAAUUCUGGAACGCGGGUCGCGGUAUUGUCUUUACCGCUGGUAAUCGGCAGGCACCUUACGUACUUACUUCGAUUCAAUCCAUUCGGGGGCUGGGUUGUGAGUUACCCAUUGAAGUUUUGUAUCUCGGGAAUGAUGACCUGGGUGAGGAUUUCAGGGAAGAGUUGGAAUCUAUACCAGGUGUAAUUACACGAGAUUUGAAUCCAAUGGUCUCAGAUGAGGGGUGGAAAUUAAGAGGGUGGGCUGCAAAACCUUUCGCCAUCCUUCUGUCAAGCUUUCGAGAAGCGAUAUUUAUUGAUGCCGAUUCGAUUUUUCUUCGCAACCCGGAAGAGUUAUUCCUUGACCGAUUUUAUCAAAAGACAGGUGCAUUAUUUUUUAAAGACCGACUAUUUAUGCCAGGAUCCAAGAAGGAAUGGUUAAGGAAUAUCUUGCCGUCACCUAUCUCCAAGCAAGCUAGGAAGAGUCGACUCUGGACUGGGGAAAGUAUCCACAUGCAAGAGUCUGGAGUUGUGGUUGUCGAUAAGUGGAGGCAUUUUGUUGCACUUCUCAUGGUGACAAGAAUGAAUGGACCGGAUCGUGACGGAAAGAAACCUGAGGGUCGCGUCGGUGUGUAUGAUAUGGUAUUCGGAGACAAAGAAACUUUUUGGUUGGGCUGGGAGCUCGUUGGGGAUACUGACUAUGCCUUCCAUAAAGGCGAUGCUGCUGUCAUGGGGAAGGUGGAAAUGAACCCAAAAUAUGAUUCACCGAUAACUAACGGGGCCAAAGGAGACCAGGAUCUCCGGUUUACCAUCUGUGCGCCACAGCUAUUACACCUAGGUGUUGACGGCCAUCCACUAUGGUUUAAUGGGUGGAUACUUCCGAACAAGUUCGCUCGUGGUGACCAUCUGCAGCCUGCUCAAUUCGACGCAUUCAUUCGUGAACCAGGUGAUGCUGGUACCAUUGGAUCUUGGAGACUUGAGAAGAACAAUGUCUGCUGCUUGUCAGCGAACCAUGUAGUCAAUUUUACCUAUGCAGAAAAGGAGUCCUUGGGGAACACUAUUCAGAUUGCGAAGGAUGUCAGUGCCAUUUAA